UACCCGCCCACCCGCAACUCAAAACCAACCCAAAAUAACCAAACACCAACCAACUUCACCCUUCGGCAUCGCGACAGUCACACCUUAAAAAGUGUAGGCCACCGAAAGGCGCACAGUCAGAAACAUCUAUACGUUCAAAAUCCCCUUGGCACGAAUCCAGCCGUCCAAAAUGGGUACGACAUCGUCCAAGGAAUACUACGAGUAUCACCACCACCGCCACCACCAUCACCACGGCGCAAAGAAGCGCCUCUACCUCGAACCCCCCACCAACGGCGCCGUCACCGUCCGCACAAAGAAGACCACCUUCAUCCCGGCCCGCGAGCCCACCCCGCCCCCCGUCAUCGUCAAACCCGCGCCCCCGCCGCCGGUGAUUGUCAAGCCCCCGACUCCUCCCCCACCGCCAGUCGUUUUGCCCCUCCCGCCUCCGCCGCCGCCCGUUGUCGUCGUCCCGGAGCCCCUGCCCCCUAUCGAGGUCAUCGCAGUCGAUGUCGAGCCCUCGGUGAAGAGCAGCAAGUCGAGCAGGAGCAGCCGGUCGAGAAGCCACAGCCACUCACGGAGAGGCAGCCGCGACAGGGAGAGGGAUAUCAGGGAGGUGUACGUUGAGCGGGAGAAGCUUGUGCCCGUCCGGGUGCCGUAUCCCGUCCCUGUUCCCGUCGAGCCGCGGUACGAGACGUUCCGGUACGUCGAGGGCCGGAGGUACUCGCCGGCCAGGAUGCUGCCGCCGCCCCCGCCGCAUGAAGAGGAGAGAAUGAGAGUCACCAUCUCCGACCGAAGGAGGGAGAGAGAGUACAACGAUUACCACUACAGGCGGUGAAGCCUCAGUCGUUGUCGUCUUUGACUCUGGGCUUAUUUUUCUGUUACCAUGUGUUUGGAUUGAAUGUUUGGAAUAUUCUUUUGGGAGGUUGUUUGUUUGACUUGUGAGGGAUACAUGCCUGGAGAUGAUAUCAGCGAUUUUGAUCUCGCGGCGUUACAGGUUUCUUGAUACGAUGAGACGGUACGACGCCGCUGGGAUGGACUUUUGAUUUUGAUUUUUCAUGGUUUAUAAUUGAGGAUGAUCAGUUUGAUGAGAAAGCGAUGACUAGCGAAAGCGAUGCUGGGAUAUAUGCCAUGAUAGAGAGAAUACGUAUGAUGAUAUUCAGAAAUGACGGCCGCUUUUACAAUUUCAUCAUACCGCCCUUUCACCAUGCUUAUCCUCUACAUAAUCACUGAUUAUUGCUUGUGAGAUACCGCGCGUUGUAAUCGAGACUACACUUCAUGCCUGGCCUUAGGUCAACUGCAUCCCGCAAACUCGUUCAGGCC